AUGAGAGGCAUGCGCCCCAGGCACGAACACCAUGGAGAGCCCCAAAGGGACUGUUCCAACCUAUCCUUAGUGAGACUAAUCGACGAGUGGAGUUGUAUCGAAGCAAAGUCUUAUCCAAUAAAAGAUAGAAAUACAUUAAGAAGAAUACGAUACGAAAUUAAAAGAUUCAUUUAUGCAAAUAUUUUGCACAAGAUCAGAGUAAAUUUCCUUCUGUUCCAAACCGUUUACAGUUAUAGGUACAAUUACGAGAUGCUGUACGUAGGCAAUCAGCACUCCUUCGACAUGCACUCGGGAGGAGGUGGGGACUUGUAUGAUGUGCUCAGGAGGCACUAUGCGCAGGGAGAAGAGUCUGGGGGGGAGGUGGAUAUGACAUCAGAUUUGAGGGAUGGAUCUCCCAUAGACACCGAGGAGUUGGGUGACAGUUCAGCCUAUGCUUGCUCCAACUCUAUUUCCUUAAUGGGCGGUGUCUCCCAGCCCGGGGAGGAUUCCUUCCUCCUGGGGGGAGUGCGCGGGAGGGACAAGCUCUCCCCUGAGUUGUAUACAUCUAUGGUGGCCUGCUGUCUCGUGCUCCUCGAAAGGAAGUACUACCUCGACUUUAUUUGUUUGUACAUUUACAUGAAGGCCUACUUCGCGUUGGACAGCGUGCCUAUGAGAAACGGGACAGUCUUAAAGCUUACAUGUCAUGAGAGCUUCCUAAGCAUGUUGCUGUUAUUGUCCGACCUGACCACGCAGAGCAGCACCGACGGAGGGGAUAGACACCUCGGGGGAGACAGACACUUCGGGGGAGGAGGCACACACUUCGGGGGAGACAGACACUUCGGGGGAGACCCAUCAUACCACCCUGCACACACAGAAAAAAAGGACAUGUACAGUUUGAACACGUUUGAUGAGGACCUACGAAUUAAACAUAUUUCAAAAUUUUCGUAUAACGUUCUUUUUCUCCUAAGGGUGAAAAUAAAUUUUAGUGAGUUGAACUACGACUUGAGUUCAGAUGUGUAUUCCUCUCUGUGUAACUUCGUCAUUUCAUUUAGGGAUGCGUUCACGAGCAGGUUCGUGGACAGACUGAACGAGUUGGAUGGGUUGACACUGAGGUGUAGGCAUCACAUUUGGGGGAGUGCUCGAGGGGGUGGCAACCACAGUGAUGAUAGGGAUAACCGUGUGGGGACUGCUUUCGACAUGGGGAGCAUCAUCCCGAUGGACCGAAGCUGUAGUGGGGAACCCUCCACCUGGAGUGCGCCCGGACUAGCAUGUGGGAACUACGCUUCGUUGCUUCUUCCCAACAUGAGUGAUAUGUCGAUGUAUCAGAACGGAAGCAUCUUUACGCAUUUCACGGAUCGAAAGGGAGCAUCGGGGGGGAAGUCCCAGCUGGACAGUUUUUUCUGUGGGCCACACCUGAGCGCCAAGGAGGCCACUUAUUACAACUUCAGCCUGUUCAGCGGUGGGGAGAUGGCUAGCGAUGGGGAGAACAUUUGGAGGGAGGUACACUGCGGUUUUCGUAGUAUAAAUAGCGGCGGCGAGCAUUCCCAUCUGGCCCACCCCCCGGGGAGGGCGAAGGCGCGGCAUGUCUUCACCCUUAGAGAAGCAGACAUAUACCAGGAGGAAGAGCCGUGCAAGAUCGAAAGCGAAGCCAUCACCACGUACACAUACGUAAGAAGGAACCACGGGGAGAAGACCCAAAACGAUGAGGGGACGUACCUCUCAACCAAUGUGAAAAGGAGAUGGGGAAGCAGAAGCGGGAGCAGAAGGAGGAGCAGACGGAGGAGCAGUCCCAACGGAGGAACCAGCGAUGCAGAGCAACCCUACUUAUGGCACAAGUCGUAUGCAAACGACACAUGCUCUCUCAACGCAAUAGUAAAAAAAAAUAAAAAUAAUAAAAAUAAAAAUAAAAAAUACAAAACACAUUUUUUAAGUAUCAUUAACAGCAUCUACGUUACUCUCCACAAGAAUGUCAUUUGCAGCUUAAACAGUAGGAUAGAGGAUAGAAAUGAGCCUUGGAGGGGGGAGAAGGGAGAGCUGCAGAAGGGAGUGCUGCAAAAGGGAGAGCUGCAAACGGGAGAGCUGCAAACGGGAGAGCUGUUGAACACAUGCAAGCAUGAAAUUAUGGCGUGUCUGCUGGGACAUGAGAGCGAAACGUUUCCCAGUCGACACACCUUUGUCAGGAGCAGCAGGGCUCAAAGGGGGAAGCCAAAAUGGAAGGAGAGCGCCCCUCACGUUAAGAGGAACAACUUAAACAGAUUGAGAAGGGGGAGCAUUUACAUCAGUAAAAAUUUCGUAUGUGUUAACCGUGGUGUUGCCUUUUGGUUGGACAAGAAAAAGGAGGAGGUUUUCCGCCUGCGCUUUCAGCCCUUCCGAAAUUUGUUUUCGUCUCCCUUUUACCAGAAGUACUUCCACCUCUUCCUGUUCUUCGCCAGGGUUGGCACGCUGGUGCGGUACGUGCAUGCGUUCGUGCGCGUCUUCUCGGGGUUGCUUUUCCGGGGGGGGCUCGACAGCGACAGUGACAGUGACAGCGACAGCGACAGCGGUGGUGGUGGUAGCGGUGGUGGUGGUAGCGGUGGUGGUGGUAGCGGUGGUGGUGGUUGGCGGCAAGGAACACAGCCGAGCGACCCGCGCCGAAGGAGGAAGGAAGAAGAGCGCAGCAGACAGGACCACCACGAGGAAGGCAUAAUCCCGAUGGGAGAAGUAUUCACCACGUUUAUCAGCUCAGUGGCGAAGUACCUACACUCGUAUUCAGAACAAAUAAGGAGAGUCAUGCUCCACGGAAAUGCUAACAGCCCCAUGGAGAUAUACAACCAAGUUAAGAGACACACGGAGUGCAUCGAGCUUCUGGCAUUCCUCUGCUCCAGUUAUACGCACGAAAAGGAGGAAGUGUUUCGCAAGAGGUACUUCGUCUUUUAUAACCUCCCCCCUGGUGGGAUACCUCCUGAUGAGCUACCCCCUGAUGAGCUACCUCCCGAUGGGCUACCCCCUUAUGGGACAACCGAUUCGAAUCUGAAGCAAGUGAUCGAGUACAAUUCCCUCCUCAACGUUAUUUAUGGCUUGUCACACAAGCCUCGGGGGGAGGGAACAGAAAUCCGCGGUGAUUGUAAGGUGUAUAGUGACGGUGAGAAGCGAAUUAUGUGUGGUAGCCGUGAGAAGCAAAUAUUGUGUGGUAAGCGUGCCGACCUGUUCAUUUUCCCCAGGGGUAGCGAGCUGCUCAGUUACGUCUACAGGUAUUACUACCUCUUCCUUAGUAGUAGGAGGAAGCAUUUGGAGAAGCUGUGCAAGUUCCUUUUUCUGCGUAUAGUAAAACCCCUCCUGCAUUUCCUCUACGCCUAUGUUUUCCUGGGGGUCAACAGGGACUUCCACUACGAGUAUAUAAUCAGCAAGCGGGUGGCAAGGCAAUUCUUUUUCGUGUUGCACAAGGGAGCUAGGUACUAUGAACGGGGGCGCCUUCUAUCCGACCCGUUCCUUUCGCUCCCCAUUUUUUUAAAGUACGCCAUAGGGGUCGUUUACAGAGCAGGCGAGCUGUCCAGAAUUUUAAGAUCAAUCAGCGAAGAAGACUUCCAGCUAGCCAUUCCAAAAAUUUCAAGUGGCAAAAAAAAUUUUUUUCAUUUGCACACAAACCCGAGUCGGAAGAAGCUGAGGAGUCCAAGUGAAGGGUUCGAAAAUAUUUUUAUCGAGCAUUGGAAUGAUGAAGAAAGUGCCAAUUAUGUUUUCUCCAGAACGAGGAGGAAUAUAAGGAAGCGGUUGGAGCGGUACGUGCGCUCCUUCCGCAGUGCUCUCAGUCGUCCCGCUGGUCCCACGAGGAGUGGAAGCACCAACCAUGAUGACAUUACCAUGAAUAAGGGCAACGAGGAGAGUGAUGCCAACCGCGCAACUGGGGUGCUGGACAGCAAAGUAGACAUGGAAGAUGCGAGGGGGGGGAGUGACCUCCACGGUGACCUCCAUGGUGACCUCCAUAGUGACCUCCAUACGCGCAGACUGAGGAAGUCGAUCAAAUUAAGGAUCAUCGCUAAGCGGGGGAAGAAGCCAGGUGGUAGGGGACAACCCGGUAAGGGACAACCCGGUAGGGGACAACUCGGUAGGAGAGACCCAAAUCCAAAGCAACAGGAAGACGGCUCAUCAGACUGGAGUAGCGACGUUACUUCGUUCCCUCUCUCCGAUGACACCACAGCGUCGUCACACCGUGGUGGCAGGGCAUGGAAGAAGGAGGUGCCUUUAAAAUGGUGCCAAUUUCAUUGUGCUGUUAAAAAUGGGCCACCAGGCGAUGGGGAGACCCGCAGCCCGUUCACCCCGCUCAGCCUGACCACGAAUGCUCAGCUGGACGAAGUUGACCCUUCUGAGGAGCGAAAAAACCUUGCAACGUUCCGCAUAGACUACGAGGAUGAUGGGGGGAAGCUUACGAGUUCAGUACAGUUGGGAAGGAAACCCUACUACAGACAUGCCCUAAGGGAGAAAGAUGCAGAGUGGAUCAAAUUGGUGAAGCCCUGGGAGAGAGAGAAUGGAAGCUACGUGGGGGGUGGAAGCUACGUGGGAGGUGGAAGCUACAUGGGAGGUGGAAGCUACAUGGGAGGUGGAAGCUACGUGGGGGGUGAAGACCACACAUGUGAUUUGCUCCAGGACCAUGGCACAGAGAGUGUCUCCCCCCCUCUGUGGUGUGGUUCACACAAAAUGGAAAUUAAAAGCAUUAACUAUUUCCUGUACAGAAAUAUUUUCAUUCCUAUCAAAGAGCAUUACGAUAAUGUAAACCGCAUCCUCGUGUGGUCCUUUUUAUUAAAUCACAACCUGCUAGCAUUCGUUUGUCUGUUGAAAUGUACCAUGUUUUUCGAAGCGGAGGAGAAACACAGAAUUUUUUCAUCCCUCUUGAGCAGCAAGAAGGGUGGUGGGUCGAACGCUCCAGGGAGUGACUUCUUGAAUAGCAACCAUUUAGAUGAUCCACCCUAUGUCAGGCAUGCUGCCAUAGAUGAUACCUGUACCUCAGAGACGACCCAAUCAAGGGAAAGACGGAGAAGAAAACUACUGCACCAUCGAGUAGGCAGCUAUUUUUACACCGCCGAAAAUAUAUCCUCCAAAUUUGCAGACAUCCAUGUGCUUAUUGAAAUUCCUUACCAAUUAAAUUUUUUUUUUGACGACACUGUUGUUAGUUGCUACACGAGUGUGUAUAGAUUAACAGCUCUGCUUUAUUUUACUCGGCAAAGUUUAAAUAAUAUUUUUGGGCGUUUCCGUCAUUUGUGCAAGCCGUUGGUUUAUCGGUACAGGAAGGGCAGUAGUGGUUGGGGGGAAGGACACGAGAAGGAGAAGGAGAAGGAGAAGAAGAAGAAUGGGGGCACGCACUUCCGCUCAAGCGACUUUAAGUACAUGGAUGUGAUUAACAGCAUCGCGCAGGGGAACUCUUCCAGCGAGGGGGAGCAGCUCAACGGGGAGCACCUCACUGGGGAGCAGCCCAACGGGGGGAGGCAAAGUGGCAGCCCUCCCCGGAACUGCCUCCUCUCGAGGAACACCUGCAACGCGCACAUAACGAGGGAGCGUUUCCUCAGCAUCGGAUUCGACAAGCAUUUCACGAGACACCCAAAUGUCUGUAAAUUUUUGAGUCAUGUCAAAAUACUGAGUGAUUUACUUAAGGACCUAAAUCAAAUACGAGUCGAAAUGAAUUUCCUUCUUGACAGCAUUCACGACUACAUAGUCAACACGAAUAUCGUUCGAAGUUAUUAUUUUUUUUUUAAUAAUGUGUUGAAGAUAAAACGGUUCUGCACUUUGAUUGAAUUCCACAGAAGUCUAGCUGAGCAUCUCUAUCACUUCUCCUUCCUCUCUCCUGAAUUUAUUUCUCUGAACAGAAUUAUUACUGACAUGGUUAACCUUGUGCAUGUGUUUAAGCGCAUCAUGGAUUCUUUGACAUGGGUAGAUGUGGAUUCUCAAGAACCGGUGAAUUUUUUGGAGACCUUCCAAGAGCAUACCCAGCAUGUGGAACGCAACAUCAUUUUACUUACUUCUGCAGAGGUUCAGGAGUUCAUCGGGGCCUUUUAUUCCAACAGGAACGAGUUAAUUGUGCAUGUGCGAGAGUUUCGGAGCGGGCCCCUGGGCUGCAUCUACAACAAGUUUUUCUUCAACGGGUUCUACGCGCGCAUGUUUGGGGAGGACGAGGAUGGCUAG